UUCCACCCAAAGAUCAUGAACAAAUACAUGAAUUUUAUGCAGAUCAGGGAGAUCCUAGAUGGUCAAAUCUUUCUAGAGAGGAAGCACUACAAUGGUUAGAUAAAGCUUUUCCUCCACCCAUAGCAA